GGGCGGAGCUCGGUUUGAACGCGGAGCGGCGGCCGCGGGGCCGGGGCAGCCCCUUUAGACACAAACAGGCCACUCACAGGUCUCCUGCAGCCUUCUCUUCUCCAGGCUGCACAGCCCCAGCUCUCAGCCUGUCCUCGUAGGGAGCUGUUCCACCCCUCGGAUCAUUUUGGUGGCCCUCCUCUGGACGCGCUCCAACAGGCCCACGUCUCUCCUGUGCCGAGCACUCCACCUCUGGACGCAGUGCUCCAGAAACCAUAGAAUUUGUACCUCAGAAGCCAACCCUUCGGCCCACGUUGUGCGUUCGUUGUGCGCACAUCUCUCCUGGCUCUCAGUAGUGGUUACCUUUCUGUUUAUCAGCCCUGAGGCUGCCAUGAGCUGCUCACCCCUUCCACUGAUGGCUGGAGCAAACACAGUGGAAGAGCAGAGGGCUCGCUGGGAGAGAAAGCGCAGCCGCACAGCCAAGGAGCUGCUGGAAACGGAGCACAGAUACCUUGAGCAGCUGGAUUUGGUGGUAACGUUCUUUGUGACAAUCUUAAAGGCCAAAGGGACACUGAAACCUGCUGUAAUGGAAACCGUAUUUGGACCCCUGGAAUCCAUAUAUUCUGCCAGCCAAGUUCUGUCGCUACACCUGGAGAGAGGGAAUUUAGGACUAGGACUGGAGAAUUUCUGUCAGAAAUUGGAGCUUUAUGGUCACUAUGCUGAGAAUUUUGAACAGGCAAAUAAAACCUUGAUGGAACAAUUGAGGAAAAAUAAAUCAUUCCGACGUUUUAAGAAGCUCCAAGAAACUCGACCUCAGUUUAAAGGGAGGAAACUAGAGGAUUUGCUUCCUUUGCCUCUGCAGAGGUUGCACCAGUACAAGCAUUUCCUCAGAGACCUGCUGGAGAACACCAACCCAGGCAGUGCUGAAUACCAGAAACUUGCAAAGACUAUGAAAUCUGUUUCUGAGGUAUCUCGAUGGGUUCAGGACAUUGUUCGUAAGAGAGAGAACUCACUGCAGCUACACAGGGUUCAGAAACUCCUCAAAGGACAGAAGACCCAGGUGUUGACUCCAGGGCGCUGGUAUAUCCGGGAAGGCUGGCUUUUGGUUGUGCCUUCAAAGGGCGAAGAGCUGAAGCGUAGGAUGUUCUUCCUUUUUUCUGAUAUCUUGAUUUCAACAAAGCCCUGCCACCCACUGCAUCUGCUCAACUCCAGUAAAUUUGCCUGCACAGCUGUCUACCCUCUUCACCAGUGUGUAGUGGAUAAAGUGUUUGGCCACACUCAGAGCGAGGGAGGGCUCCUCAGUCUUUCCUUCCCACACAAGACGCUGUUGUUGAUGUCCACUGACCAGCAAGAUAUUAAUGACUGGUAUCAGAGUCUCACAGCUGCAGUCAGGCAGCUGAAAGCCUGACCCAUCUGAGUACAAGACAACCUAGCAGGAUGACUGCCCCUCUUGCUGGAAGCCAACAUAAUUCUGGGAAAUGUUCAAGGACGUACAGUAGGAGAGUUGCGUUUAGAGGAAUUACACACUGAGCUUGUGAGAUUAUGACUCCUUUGUCAGCUCUCUUAAACACUCAUGGCAAAAAAUGGGUAUGCACUCUCAAUUUGCAUAUUAAGAAUCUGUAUCAAGACUUUCCCCCAACUUUUCUUAGAAGCUUCUAGCUUUCCUACCUUUUCAGAUCAUUUAAUGUAAGGACCACUAGAAGAAACCUUCACUUGCCUGCCCUCAUUAAAUGUUUUUUUUUAUCCAAUUGUAUUUCUAAAUCACCAUUGGUACAUUUCUGUGUCUACCUUCUCUUACUUCUGGCUUAUAAAUUCUUUGAAUAAAACGGAUGUUUUGGCUACUAGUAACAUAGACAUAACACACUAUUUUCAGCUAGUGCCAAAGGGCCACAGUCUUCUUCCCCUAACAUACUUAAUCAUUCAUUCCCUUCAGUUUUUUACCAAAAUGUUUUGAAUAGUUUGCCCCUCCUCUAAGUGAUAAGUGGGCAGAUAAGGGAAAACAGUUCAGUGGUUAAAAUCCUACCUCUCAUCAAAUACCACACAAAAAAUUAAUCUGCUGAACUAAGAUGACCUGUUGGGCGACAGGAUCACGCUUGUCAAACAUGGUUCACAUUUCUCAUCUGAAUCCUAAGAAAUGAUACAGUUGAAACAACACUAUCCUUUGCCCUCAGAGUGUGCAGUAGCCUUAUCACAUUGAAACUGCAGUGAAAAACCUGGGCAGCACUUCUGCUCCUGAAGCAGAGUGGGAAUCUGCAGAGGGAUAGAGUCAUCAUUCUGUGGCAUUAGAUUGCAGGUGUUGUGCUACAGUUCAGUUUGCUGGGACAAAAGACCAAUUUAAGGAUGUAAUAGGCUAUUAUUCUUGAAUUAACGCCUCAACGCGAACUUUUAAUAUGUGGAAGCUAUGCAGCAACAGCAGUUGGCUCAUUUCUUCUGUUAAGGAGAAAAUACCUGAAGAUGACAUUAGGUCAUCAGUGCAAAGCAUGCAGUUUUUUAUUUCCAAUGACCUUAAAACUGCAUACCCUGCAGGCGAUGACCUAACGUCAUCUUCAAACAGACUGAGGUCUCUGUAACAUUCACUUUUCCUUUCCUUAACCAGUAUCUCAUACUUCUAAAAUUUCUCACUGGAUUUCAUUAAAGCAGGUCUGUGGGAGAGUUCUUAAGAAAGGACGACUGAAUUUUAAGCUCUUUCUUGUGACUGGAUCUUGUCUUCCAUACAGCUAACACUUCACCACUUAAGAUUACUCGGUUGUCUUAGCUUGUAGACCCUGAAAGGGAGAAAGGAACACAGUGUGUCUAUUUUUUUUUGCCCAGCUCAGAAGCUACAGCUAGGGCUGUACAAAUCAAGGGCAAAGCUAGCAGUUCAAGUCUCAUAUAUCCAAGUUGUUUCAUUAUUUCCUGUAAAAGUUCUGCCACUAUCCUUUUUUGCUCUAAGAGCACAAUAAAGAGGUUUCUUCCAACCUUUCGCCUGAGGCUGUCUACCAAGUUCAGUAGUGACAACUCAGUCCUGCCCACGUUGCCUCCUAGUAAUACAGUUCACUAUAGUACUGCUGCUUUUAUGAAUUUCAGUGCUACUGUCCUUGUUUGCAGUCAGCACUGCUGGAACAGUGAAGCUAACUUGAUUCUUCUCUGAAUUUCCAGCCCUGAAAUUCUGCACAGUGGCUUCCAAAGAAUAUGAAGUUA